AUGUCCUACGGAUAUAGAUACGGCUCGACAGACACCACCACCGCAAUCAAUAUCAGAAGCAGCACGCCCUGCAUUCUGUUCCUGACAAACAGCGAGCGCGAGCAUUCCAGCGUUAUCCUCGCCGUAGCUCAUGAAUUUCUCAUUGGCAAUACGCCUUACAAGAUCCAUAUUGGAUCAUUUGGACCGCUCAAGAGACAUGUUUCAGACUUGAAUUACUAUGCUGCGGCUUCGGAGUCUCCCUUUGCUACUGAGGCAGCUUUUAAGGAGAUCCCUGGAAUGUCUAUGAAACAUGUUCGCAUGAGAGAUGGACAGUUUGAUGACAUCCCGCAGAUUGGUUUCUUUGCUGCGUUGAGGAACUAUCGCACGGAUUUGGCACUAGGUUUGAUGCCAUGGACCGGUAGGGAUUAUAUUGAGAUCUUCAAUGGCGUUGUGGAUCUUGUGAAAUCCCUUGGCCCUGUUUUGAUCGUCGUCGAUCCGCUUUUUGCUCCCGCUGUCGACGUCUGUCGGUACUUGCGUUGGAGACAUGUUCUGAUUUGUUCUGGCUUCAAAAUGCCCAUGUCUAUCUGGGAUAAGCUUCGCAACCUCUUCCUGGGUUUUCGGUUCAAGCACGAACUUGACAAAUGCGAAAGUCUCAAGGAGCUCAAUGAGGCCCGUGAGGCUCGCGGAAUUGAGGGCCCUCUUCCUUUCAUGUCCCACGAGGCAAAGAAGAGUAGCCGUGUUAUCAUUCCUUCCUGGCCUGAGACUGACUUCCCACUCAUUGUGCCUGAGCACAUGACCCUCUGUGGCCCUAUUCUUCGCCGCUAUCGCCCUAUGGUGAAGGAAGAUCCUGAGUUGGAGCAUUGGCUUUCGAAGCGUCCUACUGUGCUGGUCCUGAUGGACGCCCGCUUCACCUACGAGGGUAAACAGCAAAUUGAAAUUGCCAAGGCCCUGAAUAUACUUCUCGAGCAAGAGCUCAACAUCCAAGUCCUCUGGAAGCUCAAGCACGUCGAUGAUCCUGCCGUGACCAGAGAGAUCGUCAAGCUUUUGGGGGUGUACAUACACGGGAAGCGUAUGCGCAUUAUGAAGCAUUUUGUGUUCGAAACCAUGUCACUUCUUAUGAGUGGACAUGUCAGUUGUGUGGUGAAUUAUGGCGGAGCCAAUGCGUUCCAUGAGGCUGUCAGGGCUGAGGUUCCGCAGAUCGUGCUUCCGGUCUGGUUCGAUGCGUACGACUUUGCUGCACGGGUUGAGUACCUGGGAAUUGGCAUCUGGGGUAGCCGCAGGUCGGCACCAGGCGUGAGUGGGGAGGAGCUGGGCAGUGCACUGCUGCGUGUGAUGGCCGACACUGACGAAUCCUAUGCAAUGCGCAUGCGCGCCAUGCAGGUAUCCGGACAGCUGCCGUUCAAAGAUGGACGCGUCGUCGCAUACGAGAAACUACUCGAGGUCUUCACUAUCCAACCUAACAACAAUUCUCACAAUCCAUCCAUCCCUUCCAAUUCCUCUCUUCUCACCACAAAACCCACCACCACUACAAUGGCCAACGAACGCAUCACCUGGAUCGGCCUGGGCAACAUCGGCCGCGCCAUGGCCGCCAACAUCGCCCAAAAAGGUCCCCAAACAGCCCCCAUAACCCUCUACAACCGCACAACCAGCAAAGCGACGACCUUCGCAUCCACCCUUCCCGCCAACAAAGCCACCGUCAGCACGACCCUCUCCUCCGCCAUCUCCGACUCAACCAUAAUCUUCAUCUGCGUCGGCGACGACGCCGCCCUGGAAGCCAUCAUCUCAGGCCUGCCCACAGACUCCCUCUCCUCCAAGAUCAUCGUCGACUGCUCCACCGUGCACCCAGACACCUCGCGCAAGAUCCACAGCCAACUCGCCUCGCACGGCGCCUCCUUCAUCGCCUGUCCCGUAUUCGGCGCUCCCGCGGCCGCCAUCUCGGGCCAGCUCGUCGUCGUGCCCGCCGGUGACGCCGCCGCCAUCGAGCGCAUCAAGCCCUUCCUGGAUGGGGUUACGUCCAAAGCGACGAUUUCCAUGGCGGGUGAGGAUGUGGGCCGUGCCACGACGCUGAAGAUCCUCGGAAACACCUUUAUCUUGAAUACUGUGGAGACGGUGGCGGAGGGGCUGGUUACGGCGGAGAAGACUGGGUUGGGGGCGGACGUGUAUCAGCAGUUCUUGCAUACCUUUUUCCCCGGCCCGUUCGCGUUGUAUGCGGAUCGGAUGGUUACCGGGGAUUAUUGUCGGAGGGAGGAGCCGUUGUUUGCGGUGGAUUUGGCCAGGAAGGAUUUGAGACAUGCUAGUAAUUUGGCGGGGGAGGCGGGGGUUAGGUUGAGGAGUGUGGAGGUUACGGAUCAUCAUUUGGUUACUGUUAAGGAGGAGAAGGGGGUGAAGGGGGAUGUGGCGGCGGUUUAUGGGUCUGUUAGGAAGGAGGCGGGGCUGCCGUUUGAUAAUUAG